AGGAGCGAUUCAUCAACUCAGUACUGAAGCGCCCAACUACUCACCGGAGAAGCUGCAAUUGAAUCAUGGAAUCGUCCCGGAGUCUAACCGUGACUCAGCGCGACCAGGCGCUAGUCGAGCAUGACGUUUUCAACAUCUACAAGGCCUUCUACGAACUUCGUCCCAAUUCCAAAUCCAUCAUGCCGGAGCUUCAACGAGAUAAACAUGUCGAGUAUUUGACUGGAGGUUUAAGGCUGCUUCCUCCUUCGUUUUGCUCAUUAGAUGCUAAUCGGCCUUGGCUUUGCUACUGGAUUCUGCAUUCCAUUGCAUUAUUAGGGGACUUUGUGGAUGAUGAUAUGGAAGAUAAUGUUAUUGAUUUUCUUAAUCGUUGUCAGGACCCAGAUGGUGGAUAUGGUGGUGGACCUGGACAGAUGCCUCACCUUGCAACAAAUUAUGCUGCAGUCAAUGCGUUGGUUACUUUGGGCAGUGAAAAAGCGUUCUUGUCAAUCAAUAGAGAAAAAAUGUACUCGUUUUUGUGGCGGAUGAAAGAUCCUUCUGGGGCCUUCAGGAUGCAUGAUGCUGGAGAAAUUGAUGUUCGUGCAUGUUAUACUGCAAUUUCAGUUGCAAGUAUCCUUAACAUUCUUGAUGCUGAACUAGUUCAGGGUGUUGGAAAUUACAUCAUAAGCUGUCAGACUUAUGAAGGUGGAAUUGCUGGGGAACCUGGUUCUGAAGCUCAUGGGGGGUACACCUUUUGUGGGUUAGCUGCAAUGAUUCUGAUCAAUGAGGUUCAUCGCUUGGAUUUGGCUAGACUAAUUGAUUGGGUGGUAUUUCGACAAGGAGUUGAGGGUGGAUUUCAGGGCAGAACAAAUAAAUUAGUUGAUGGUUGCUACUCCUUCUGGCAGGGAGGUGUAUUCUCAUUAUUGAAAAGAUUACUUUCAACUAUUGGUGGAGACAACUCCAGUACAGGAAGCCAACAACCUAUUGCAUCAUCAGAUGUAGCAGAAGGAGAAGGUAGUUUGGAUGGCGUUUCAUCUGACAGUGACAACCAUUUUGAUCAGGGUGGUGAACAUGAUGCUUCCAGUAGUAACACAAAGAUAGAACCUAUUUUUAACAGCUUGGCCUUGCAGCAAUACAUACUUCUGUGCUCACAGGAUCUGGAGGGUGGUCUGAGAGACAAACCAGGCAAGCCCAGAGACUAUUACCACACAUGUUACUGUCUAAGCGGGCUCUCAGUUUGUCAGCGUAGCUGGUCGAAGAAUGAGGAUUCUCCACCCUUACCCGCUGCUGUCUUGGGUCCAUACACCAAUCUUCUGGAACCCAUCCAUCCCCUCUAUAAUAUUGUAUUAGAUCAGUUUCGUGAAGCUUAUGAAUUCUUUCAUAGGUCCUGAGCAUAUCCCCUUCUUUACCAUGUGAGUGGAAUAUGUAAUGCCGAUUUGUAUACUUCUGAGACCAUGGUGACUUGAAUCAUAGGACUCGGCAAUAAAUUUCUUAUGGAAAA